CAAUUCGUUCAGUUCGGUUGUGAACUUCAGAAUCAUUGUCAAGAGUGCUCAGCUAUAUCAAGGAUCAGCUACAACCCACCAGUCGCAGCAAAGGCAAUUACUUUAGCUCAACUGAAAAACACAAUCAAAAUAAACAGACAUCAGCCACUGAGAACGUGCUGCCAAAUAAACCAAAACAAAAGAAAAAAAAAACAAAAAACAAAAAAACAGAACACAACCGAAACAAAAAUGCUGGCCAGUGAAAAUUUUCAAACACACCUCUACAACCGCAGUUCUAUAUAUAAGCCCUACAAUGAGGAAUUGGCAAGCAUGGCAAAGCAAUUGACGACGGCCACGGCUGAUGCAGCUGGUAUCGAUGCAGCGCAGGCGGCAGUUGACUACGGCAAUCCAAGCAAGCAAAUGUUGGGAAGCAACAAUAGUAGCAGCAACAGCAGCGGCAGCAGCAGCAAAACCUCCUCCUCGAAUAGCAACAAUAACAACAACAACGUUGCCAAUGGCCUAUCCAGCUUUGUGGCCAGCCACCCCUCGGCCGAGUUUGAGGGCUUUAUACGUGCCUGCGUCGAUGAGAUAAUUCAGCUAGCCGUCUUACAGGGUACCAAUCGCUCAUCCAAGGUCGUGGAGUGGCAUGAGCCUGCCGAGCUACGUAAGCUAUUCGAUUUUGAUCUGCGGGAUCAGCCCGACUCUCCAGAUAAGUUGCGUCAGCUGCUUCGCGAGACAAUACGGUUCUCGGUCAAGACUGGUCACCCGUAUUUCAUCAACCAGCUGUACUCGGGCGUGGAUCCCUACGCGCUGAUCGGUCAGUGGCUAACCGAUGCACUCAACCCAAGCGUUUACACAUAUGAAGUGGCUCCUGUUUUCACGCUGAUGGAGGAGCAGGUACUUGGGGAGAUGCGACGCAUUGUUGGCUUCCCCAACAACGGUCAGGGUGAUGGCAUCUUCUGCCCGGGUGGCUCAAUAGCAAACGGUUAUGCAAUCAGCUGUGCUCGCUAUCAAUAUGCACCCGAGUCCAAGAAAAAUGGGUUAUUUAAUGCGAAGCCCUUGAUAAUAUUCACGUCCGAGGAUGCCCAUUAUUCAGUCGAAAAGCUGGCCAUGUUCAUGGGCUUUGGCAGCGAGCACGUACGGAAGAUAGCUACCAAUGAGCUGGGUAAGAUGCGUCUAAGCGAUCUGGAGCAGCAGAUUCAGUUUUGCCUGGACAACAAUUGGCAACCGUUGAUGGUAUCUGCGACAGCGGGCACCACAGUGCUGGGUGCCUUUGACGACUUGUUGGGCAUAUCUGAGCUUUGUCGCAAACACAACAUGUGGAUGCAUGUAGAUGCGGCCUGGGGUGGCGGAGCGCUUAUGUCCAAGAAGUAUCGACAAUUGCUGAAUGGCAUUGAGCGCGCCGACUCGGUUACCUGGAAUCCACACAAGCUCUUGUCAGCCUCGCAGCAGUGCUCGACUUUCCUCACGCGGCACACCCAAAUUUUGGGCCAGUGCCACUCGACCAAUGCCGCGUAUCUGUUCCAGAAGGAUAAAUUCUACGACACAUCCUUCGAUACAGGGGACAAGCACAUUCAGUGCGGUCGUCGUGCGGAUGUCUUCAAGUUCUGGUUCAUGUGGAAGGCCAAGGGCACUAAAGGCUUUGAGGCCCAUGUGGAACAGGUCUUCGAAAUGUCAGAAUAUUUUACAAAUAAGCUACGUGAGCGUCCUGGGUUCGAGUUAGUGUUGGACAAACCAGAGUGUACAAACAUUACGUUCUGGUACGUGCCGCCCAGCUUGCGACAAAUGGAGCGCAAUCAAGAGUUCUAUGAUAAGCUCCACAAAGUGGCACCCAAAAUUAAGGAGGCGAUGAUCAAGAAGGGUUCCAUGAUGAUCACAUAUCAACCGUUGCGCAAGUUGCCAAACUUCUUCCGACUGGUACUGCAGAACUCGUGCCUGGAUGAGUCGGAUAUGUUAUAUUUCCUCAACGAGAUCGAAACACUAGGUCAAAAGUUGUAGCUGCACAAUAGAUGUGCUCCAUUCAUAUUAAGAACAUUCUUCUUAGGCAUAUGUUUGUAUACAUGUUGGUAUUAUAUAACUUUUAUUAGCUCAAAAUAAUCAUA